GAAACAUGUCUGGCACUGAAUGUCGUCCGGCCAGCGUCGGUUGUCAAUGAAACAUUUAAGCUGUUGGUGGUUGAUUGGAUCCACGGCGACGCCUUCUCGAUCGGGUCUGGUUGUGAGGAACAGUAUAAUACUUCUUUCCUGGUAAGCCAGCCGAGACUAUUGGGCAUAGGAAAGCCUAUCAUUGCUGUUACUACCACAUACAGCCUUUCCGCGUGGGGUUUCCUUUACUCCUUGGAAGGGGUAGGGACGGGCAACACGAACGUGGGCCUUCGUGACCAGCAUCAGGCCUUGCAACGGAUACAGGAGAAUAUUGCCACUUUUGGAGGCAACCCAUGA